CCCUUUUCCUUUUCAGUGCUGCAGAAUGGAAAACUAUAAGAAGACCAAAAUUGCGGAGAAACCUUGUCCUCUUCCUUUCAUUGACCUACCCCCUGACAUUAUUGAAAUGAAAGUGAAGGACGGGAGCAAAAUAAGAAACCUGAUGGGCUAUGCCAUUUGCAAGAUGGAGCUGGACUCUGUGAGGCAGAUCCUUUUCACUGGCUCAGGCAAGGCCGUUAGUAAGACCAUUACGUGUGUGGAAAUCAUAAAACGGAGGCUCAAAGAACUCCACCAGAUCACCAAAGUGCUUUUUAAACAGAUCGAGGGGAUCUGGGAACCCAUUGUGCCUGAGGCAGGCCUUGAUGCCUUGACAGUGAAGAGAAACAUGCCUGCCAUAUGUGUCCUGCUCAGCAAAGACGCCCUCGAUCCCCAGGAGCCUGGAUAUCAGGCUCCAGGUUCUUUCGAUGCCUUCUGGAUCAAGACACUUAAAGCGGAAUCCCAGGCCCAGAUGAAGAGGAAGCAGGGUGGAGGAAGGGGAGCUGGCAACCCAGAAAAGCACCAUCGCGCCAGUGGAGGGCACGGGGAGCCCGGUAUGAAGUGCCGAGACAGAGACACACUUGGGUAGUUUGGGGAAGUUAUGGAAACGAGCCAGCUGCUGUAGCUGGAAAGCUGCUGCUGAACACAGGGCCUUGCAGAGCUGUUAGGGGAGGACAAGAGAAGUUACUGUUCCAAACGGACGUAAUUGUAGCUGUCUAAAA